AUGGACGACGAAGAAAGCGCCUUGACGAAGACGUGUAACUUUAACACGGCGCCGAGGUUAGUUUUGAAAAAAAUAUUUUUAAAUUUUUUUAAAAAUUUUAUUUGAUUGAUUGAUUGAUUUGAUUUUUUUAGUUUGAAUGACGUUUUUUUGAAAAAAAUGAUAUGUGAAAAAAAUUGACUGGUUUUUUUGAAUUUUUGAAUUUUUCCCUUCAUUUUUUUCAGAAAGCUUCUUAAUAUUUUGAACUUUUUUUGUUUUCUUUUUUUCAAUGAGAAUCUGAAUUUUUACUCGAUAUCUCUUUCUCAUAAGAAAUUGUCAAAGUAAAACUAUAUAAAUCUAUUUUUUUCUAGAAAAAUAUUUCGAUCGCGAACUAAAUUUCUUAAAAAAAUAUGAAAUAUUAUUUAAUAUAAUAACUGUAAUAAUGACACUGUCAACUUUUUCUUACAAAAUUUAACAAAUUAUUUGAUUUUUUAUAGAUUUUUUUGAUAGCUCAUGACUUUACUUGGUUUGAAAAUAAAUAUUUUGGAGCUUCCAGACGGCCGCCCAAAAAAGGCGACGUCCAGACGAUCGCAACGUCUGAAAAAGCUUUCGAAGGUACGCAAUCGAUUAAAAUUUCAUUUUUGAAGGGGUAUUGAUCGAUUUUUCACAGGGAUAUGGAUGCAUAGUGAAAAAAAUUCUUGUAGAGCCUUAUUUCUUCACUUUUUACGUGAAACCCUAGCUUUAUGAGAAUCAAAAAAAAAUUUAUGUCGAAAGGAGUUUUUCGAGUUUUAUCGAAUAUCCAGAUCGGCUUUUAAUUUUUCUUGAAAUCAUUAUAUAAUUGCUCCAAUUUCGUACAAAAAAACAAUCGAAAAUGGCUCUUCUCGUGCAUUUUCAAGCUUAAAUUAAGCGUUAAGUGUUCACUUGAGGUCUAAUUUCGCACAAAAACGGUUGCGAAAGGCUUUUUCUCGCGAUUUUCAAGCCUGAAUUGGAGUUUUUCAAGUCAUGAUGGUUUUAAGAAAGGUAGAGCAGACUAUUUGAAUAUUCGCAUAAAAUUUUUUCUUAAAAAAAUUAGGUGAGAUCCGCUUUAGGUCUAAUUUUGUGCUGAAAAUGGUUCGGAAUGUUUCAUAGUCUGAAUUGGAUUUUUGGCUUUAGAUGAUUUUCGGUAGGUUGAUGAGACCAUUUCAAUAUUCAUAAUUAUUAUUUUUCUCAAAAAUUGUGAUCAAAAUUCACUUGAAGUUUAAUUUUGUGCUAAAAAUAGUCAAGCAAUUCUUUUUCUUCACGAUUUUCAAGCCUAAAUUGGAUUUUUCUGGCUUUUCAUGAUUUGUAGGAGACUAUUUCAGUAUUAAAAUUUACAUUUUUUUUCUCAAAAAUUUCCUUCAGAACCACUCGAGGAAAAAUUUCGACGAAAUAAUUGCCGAGGAGGAAAAAAAUCACCUGUUAUAUUUGCUACAAAGAUAUAGCGCAUCUCAACGAACAGAGACGGUUUUUUUGUAUAAAAAAAUAAUUAAUGAUAAAAAAAUUGUAAUUUUCCAGUUUAAUGCAUGUGAACAAGUGUGUGGAUGAACAGGAAUCGGUAGAAAAUUACGAAAAAGCGAUGAAAAAUUGGAAAUCGACGGUCGAUUGUCCGCUCUGUGGAACCCCGAUGCAAAAUGGACCGGUAUUCUGAAAAAAAUAAGGAAAAAUUAAUUUUGAAACGUUCAAGUUCCGAAUCGCGCACUUGAAAUCGUGCGCGACGAAGAAUAAAAUAACGACGUCGAAACUCAUCGAAAUGGUCGAUACGUCGGAAAAAGUCCGAGGUGCCAGAAUUCGGAAUGGCUUGACUCAUACGAGGUUCGUUCUCGGCGCGAAAUUCAAAAACUCUGAAGAGUUUAAUUUUUGGAAGAAUAUCGGGAAAAGGCGUUAUAGUCCGUUUUCCUGAACUUCUCUGCGCCCUCCUCGUCUCUGAGUGACCCUCUUAUUUUGACCUACUAUUUUCAAGUUUCUCUGACUCUUCCGAUGAGGGAACAGAGAGACGUCCCGGCGAAUAGGCUGAGCAUUUCAAGUGACCCUGGAGAGUACUGACGUCGCUUGAGGGAUUACUAGAAUGCUUAAAAACUUACAAUUCUCCGAGCCCUCCUCGUCUUUCGUUUCAGAGCAUUUCUAGUGACCACUGGAGAGUACUGACGUCGCUUAAGGGAUCACUAGAAUGCUCAAAAACUAAAUCUCUGCACUCUCCUCGCCUCUCGGCUACUCUCUCAUAUUCAGAUGCAUUCUUCGUUUUCAAAAUGUAUCAUAAGCUCAAAAUGCGGUUCGUUUUCACUUAAGAGCUCACUUUCACAUUUUCAACAGAUUUAUUUCAAGUAAUGCUGAGACUUUCAAUGCGCAAAAAAAUCAAUAUAUUUUUUAAAUUUUGAAACGAAGAAAAUUCGCCCAUUUUUUGUAUCUAAAUCAACAUCUUCUAGCGCCUCGGAGCCGAAAAAAAAAGCGGUGGCCCCAAAAAAGUUGGUCGGAGUUCCGAAAAAUCGUGUCGAUGAGGAUAUCCAACUGGCGAAGGCGUUGUCGAUGUCAACUUCUGAAGGAGGAAAUUCCAGAGGCUCUGAGAACGAUGCCAGGAUUCUUAGGUGAUUCAUGAGCUGAAAAAUAAAUCGAUGAGCGGCUGAGAAAAAUUAGGAAUGUCAGAGUGGUCCCUGGAGGGGCUAGGAGAAAAAAAACAGACUUUACAGGGGACAAAAUAGGAUCUGAUUUAUGAGCCUAAAAGCUGAAGUGGCUUCUAUAGGGGUUUUUGUUCUGAUUUGAAAGAUAAAAAGACAUGUAAUGAUCAUCAGCAUGCUCCCCUAGAGUGGCCACUUUUGCAUAUAGGGGUGGCAUGGUGAUCCCUUAAGGGGAACCUACAAGAGCCGCUAAGAUUGCCCCUCUAGGGACCCCUCAGGCGUGGAAGAUACCGUUUUUGAUUCGGAACGAUAAUUUUAUUGAUGAAAGACAAAUUUUCAUAUGUUAUUACCAAUAUGGGCGUUUUUAUAUGUAUGUUCUCCAUACUAAGGAUCGGAAUGAAGUGUAGCUUAACCUCAUUUUUUUUCAAUUUCAUAUUUAAAUUAAUUUCUUUUUUAUUGGAUUUUGAAGGUUCUUUUUGGUAUGGUCGAUGUGCCACGACUUGAAAUUUCAUGGAACGACACUCCGCUGGGUGGCCGUGAAAGCACCUUGCCUUUGCGAAUCUCGGUCGCGCUUUCCAUUUUUUCUUUAAUUUGAGAUUUUGACUAUUUCUGUGCGAAAGCAAUAAUAGUUCCGUUUUUGGCACAUAAAAAACAAUUAAAAAGUUGUUAAAAAAGGGAAAAUAUCAAAUAAAAGGAAAAAAGGAAAGCGCGACCGAAAUUCGCAAAGGCAAGGCGCUUCGCGACAGCGCGCACUAGUUCCACAAGAACAUCGGAGUGUCGUUCCAUGAAAUUUCAAGUCGUGGCGCAUCGACUAUGAAACAAGGUUUUUUCUAAUCUUGAAAGGCUCUCAAUACAUAAAUUACAAUGAACUUCGUCUUAAUUUUCUCUUUCCACUUGUAAAAAUCUUCAGAAUCGAAGACGAAUCCCGAAAUUUGUCGAGAAAACGGCCAAGAUCCUACGCGAUCGUUGAAUUGGCGCCACGGGAAUGCCGUUGUGAGGUUAUUUUCCUCGGAAAAUCAAUGAAUUAUCGAAAAAAAUCCAUUUCUAGUCAGUCGGUCUCCUCCAAGAAAGGUUCCUGCAAAGUUUCCGGGUCCGAAAAUCGAGGGCGAAAAGGAAAAACGACGGGUUCACACAGCAGACCCAUCACAUGGCACAUCUGAUUUCCAAAGUUAAAAAUUUGGAAAAAAAUAACGAAAAAUGUGUAAUUCAGCUGUCGAGAUUCGAGCAAUUAUCGAUUGAUUUGCGAAAAAUGGCCGACGAACCAUCGACCUCUUUUUCAAACUCAACUUUGUUCACUUUGGAGUGUGAGAACGGUAAGAUCAUAUUUCCCCUAAAGGGAUCACUUCACGAACUCCUACAGGGGGGAACUAAGCUUGCAAAAGUGACCCCUCCAGGGGACAUGCUAGCGAUCCUUAUACGUCUUUCUAACUUCCCAAUAAGAACAAAAAGUAGAAGAGCCCUAUAGGGGCCACUUAAGCUUUAGAGGCUUAACGUUCAAUCCCUAAACCCCUAUAGGGACAAUUUAAACUUAAGCCCUCUAGGGAACACCAUUUUGUCUCUCUCUAUUCCCUGUAGGGACCACUCUGGCGUUACUAAGAAGAUUCUCAGGUGGAAAAUAAAAAGUAACGCCAGAGUGGUCACUAGAGGGGCAACCUUAAGAAGGAUCCCCUCAAGGAACCGCAUUAUCUACCCUAUAGCGGGCACUGAAGCUCGCUAAAGUGCCCACUCUAGGGGAGCACCUUCCUACGUCUUUUUAACUUUUGAAUAAGAACAAAAAGUAAAAGAGCACUAUAGGACCCACUUAAGCUUUAGAGGCUCACACGGGAAGUGUCAGGUGUCGGACCAGUAACUCCUAUAGGGAUCACUUGAAUUUUACCCCUCUAGGGAGCCCUUAAAGUGGGCAUAGCUCAUUUUUCGCUGACAGAAAUGGGGUGCGAAGUGGUUGCGAUGCCUUUUUGGCGCCAAUCCGAAAAUUGAACCUAGAAUCAAACUACAGUGUAGUUUGCUUCAGGAGCUCCUUAUCCUCAAAAAAAAAUUUCGCAGGACACUUUUUUUUCAAAUCAUGUUGAUUCAGAACGUUUCAAAUAGAGCUUUUUCACCAUUAUUUUUUGUAUUUUGCGAAUUUUUGUUUGUUCUGAAAUCAUUAGGGCUCAAAGUUCACGUCAAAAAUAAAGAAAGUUCAGGUUGCCUCCAGGUAAACCGUCAAAUCUUAAAAUGCCGUUCUUCAAUACUGCAGAAGGUUCCAUUGACCUCCACGACUUUUAAAAUCGAAGCUCCCGUUCAGGUUCGUUAAGUAUCUUCAAUGUUUCAACAGGAUUUUUUGUAAAAUAUUAUUAUUGUUUUUGGAUGUAUUGUUAACUCAUGUGACUAACAGCCUUUUCGUUUUAGGAUUCUGAAAUCAAAAAUAAUUCUUCUUUCGAAAUUUGAAUUGAAAUGACCGCAUUUGAAAUGGCUCAACGCGUUGCGGUCGCGAAGCGGUUUGAUUCAAGUUUUGAAAAGCUACGUUCAACCUAACAAUUUUUGCUAGCUUGAGCUACGUUUUAAGUUAAAAAUUGUUUCUGAGGUUCUUCAGACCGGCUCGCGUAAAUCGCUUCAUGGUCGGGCGCACUUUUCAGCGCCGCCUUUAGCUAUCCCCCUUACGAUCAAUAUGUAUCUCGUCACUUUGAAGGAAUUUUUGUUCGCAUUUGGAAGGGCUCAACGCGUUGCGGUCGCGAAGCGGUUUGAAUCUAGUUUUGUAAAGCUACUUUUAACGUCAUAAGUUUGCUAGCUUAAGCUACGUUUAGAGUAAAAAAUGUUUCUGAGGUUUUUUAUACCGGCUCGCGUAAGUCACAUUGAGGUCCGGCGCAAUUUUCAGCGACGCUUUGAGCUAUUCCCCUCACGAUCAACAUGUUUCUAGCUUACCAGGGAACGUUUUUUACCCCCCGGUUGAACUUUUGCUGAAACUUUGCUGUACUUUAGGACCCCAUGAUUCCAGAACAGAAAAAAAAUUCUCGCAAUAGAUUUUGUUUCCGAGUUAUGGAGCUUCAAAGUGUGCAAAAUACGCAAUUUAGGCCAAAAAAGCGCUAUUUCGGGCUUUUAAAGUGUCCUAACUCGAAAAGGAGAUCUAUUGCGAGAAAUUUUUUCUUGAUCUGCAAUCAGGGGGUCCUAAAGUACACUUCGGCAAAGUUUCAGCGAAAGUUCAACCGGGGGGGGGGGUAAAAAACGUUCCCUAGUUAGUUAUAUUUUGAAGAUUUGGAACUUUUUCUUGAAAAAAAUCGAAGAAAAAUUGUUUUUUUUUAUUGUAAAAUUUAGGCAGUCCGCCACUGGUUGACUUUUGUAUACUCUGCUCAAAUCGAAUGGCCGGCGAAUUUGAACGAGGAAGUUUCGAAGAUUGCUGAGAAGUUCGGGCCAGGUUUGUCUUGAAAUCGAAAACAUAACGAUGAAAAUUCACGAAAGGUUUCAAAAAAUUGAGUUUUUUUAAGAACGCCAGAGUGGUCCCUAGAGGGAUAAGUAAGAAGCAGUCCCUAUAGUGGGCAGAAUUUCGCUCCCUUAAAGGCUAAACUUUAGAUAAUCCCUAUAAAAGUUGAGGGUCUGAUUCUUAAGCCUUUUAAGCUCAAGUGGCCCCUUUAGUGGUUUUCCAAGCUUUUGUUUUGUUUUGAAGGUUGAAAAUUCGUGUAGGAAACACUAGCAUCCCCUAGAGGGGCCACUUUUGCGAGCUCUAGUGCCCCCUAUAGGGGAAAGUAAGCUGGUCCUUAGAGUUGAAUCUUCAAGGGAUCAUAAGGUUGCCCCUCUAGGGACCGCUUUGGCGUUCUUGAGUUCCUAACACAUUUUUCUUUUUUUUUUUCGAACGGCCGAUAAAUUUUCCAAGCUUGUGACCGCAUGUAGAAUGGCUCGACACGUAAAGGCUCGAAGGCGCGACCGACCCAAAACGAGUUGCGCGCGGUUUCAUCGAAAAGCGGCAUAGGAAGCUGCUAUAGAUUUUUUAAGCUAUAUCAUGACUUUCUGAACUUUUUUCAAAGUUAAGAAAAUCAUUUUUCCAGAUGGCCUGCUCCAAAUCUGCUCCCGAGAUCCGCGUAGAACGGAUAAAUUUGAGCAAGAAGAUGUGGGAAAAGUUGAAGACGAGGAAAAAACUGAAGUGAAAAAGAAAAUAAAGGAAGAAGGAAAAGCUGAAAUAGAAAAAAGUCCCAGAAAAACGGAGACUGGGAAACGGAGAUCGAGUCGAAAAGAGGAAGAAAAGCCGAUUCCAGAAUUGAUGAUGGUUCGAGUUUUUAACGAUUGGUAAACAUUUUGAGGAAGGAAAGGAGAAUUUAGGAGCUAAUUAUAAACCUUAAGGGUAGGCAAACUCGAAAAAAAAGGUAGAGCUGAAAAAAUAGUAUUAUAGACAAAAAAAAACCCCCUUUUUUUGCUCACAAGACCUCCCCUGUCAAUAGAAAGGGUAGAGUACAAAAAUGAAAAAGAAAAAAAAAGUAGAUUUUUUCGACUUUUCACAGAUUUUUAGGAUCAAAUUAAUCCUGUUCCACUGAAAGUCCUUUUUGAAAAAAUCAUAAGCUUAUUCAAACUUUAGUGAGAAAAAAAUCACUUUAUUGAAAAAUGGACUGAUUUUUUAGGGUGACGAAAUAAAUGAUGAAGAUCCCUUGCGUGGCUGUUUCGAUAUCCUCGAAGACUUUGAAGACGUCAAAAUCGAUUCUGAAGUGAUAAAGAAGGAUAUUCUGACCCUGGACGAAGAUUCGCCUCCUUUGAAAAAGAUGAAUAUCAGUUCGGAUGGGAUUUUUGUGGAGGAAAAGAGGAAAAGCGUGACGAAGGAGACUGUUAAAGGUUGAUUUUUGAAUUUUAGAGAUUAUUAAGAAAUUUGAAAAAUUAGAACGGAUGACUAUUCUGAUUUAAGAACUUUCAAAAAUAUUUUAAUUCGAAACAUAAAUUUUCCUGGUCAGCUUAUCAUGUGACUUUUUUGAGAUUUAUUUUUGUAGUCGCUUUUUUUUUAAGUACCAGGCUUUAAUUUCAAGUUUGAGCUUUUACGAACGCUAGAGGGGCCACUAUAGAGAGAAAUUUAGAGUCCUGGAAGGUACCCCUCUAGGGACCCAAGGGGAAGAGUACCGUUGGUUCAAUUUUACAGUUAAGGGUGGAUUUUGGAAUUUUUGGGAUUUAUUGAAAAGUUUAAAAAAAAGAAAUGAUGUAUUUUCUGGUUAGAAAACUUAAUAAGAAAAUAAUGAAGUUCAAAAAUAUUUUAAUUUAAAACGAUUCCUUCAUAUUUUUUUCUAGUUAGAUUAUAAUGUGAUUCAAGUUUUGAGACCAAUUUUUUUGAGAGCCAGACCUUAAUUUCAAGUUUGAGCUCUUAGGAACGCCAGAGAGGCCCCUAUAGGGGCACACUUAGGGUCCAUGAAGGCACCCCUCUAGGGGCCACUUUACCUCCCCUAUAGAGGCCACUAAGCCUUUUUUCAGAAGGAAGUUUGAUUAGUCUAUGGAGGGCUACUCGGCUGGGGAAAUAAAGAGAUUUGGUGUUUUUAUUAUUUGAUUUUUUUUUUCUAGAAGAUUUUUCUGUAAUUUUUCAAGUGGACAAGUAUCUUUAAUUCUAUUUUUUUAACCCCCUCGAAAAAGUAAAUUUAAAAAUUUAAAAAUAAAAAUAAUGGACUAAAAAAAUACAAAUAACUUUUUCAACUUUACUUGUCCCAAACGUAUCAAAUUCCGUUUCCUCAUCGUACUAGUUUUUUUCGAAAAAUUCUAGUCUUUUCAGAGACUAUCGAAUAUGAUUAGAGGGAAAAAUGUUCAUUUUUUUAAAAAUUCUGUUCAUAAGUUGCCUCAUAUAAGUUUCAAUCGCUUUAUAUAGUUUCAAAAUUUCUUGUUAAUCUAAUAAACGAAAAUGGGUAAGUAUCGUCAUAAAUUUUCACCGUCACUGCUGGUAACAUUUUGGUCGCGUUUGGAAUGGCUCGAUGCGUUGCGGCUAAUUAACGCAGCACCCGACUUGAAGCGAGUUGCGCGCAAAGAAAUAGGACAGCUCUUGAUGGUCAAAUGUCGAACCUGAACUUUAUCGCGUUGUUUGAGCCAGGAGUUUAAAACUAAUGAUGUAUAAAAUUGCACCUGACCUGAAACGACUUGCGCGUACAAGUGUUGAAAAAGGGACACUUUUGAGCGUCAAUUUGUCGGACCGCACCGCGAUCGCGUCGCUCGAGUCAUUCCAAAUGCGACCGCAGAGUUUGAAACAAGUGAUAUAUGAACAGGCACCCGACUUGAAACGACUUGCGCGUAGAAGCCUUAGAAAAACUAUCGGGACAGCUUUUUAGCGUUAAAAUAACCAACUGAAACGCGACCGCGUCGCUUUGAGACAUUCCAAAUGCGACCACAGAGUUUUAAACAAUGGUAUAUAGAAAUGCACCCGACUUGAAACGACUUGCGCGUAGAAGCGUUAGAAAGAGAAUCUCGACACUUUUAAGCGUCAAGUUGUCAAACCGCAACGCGACCGCGUCGCUUGAGCCAUGCCAAGUGCGACUUCAGCGUUUGAAGCCAGGAAUAAAUGAACAAAGCUGCUCCUGAAAGAUCAGGGCUCCGCUUUUGUGUCAUAUUUUCAACCGCAACGUGACCGCGUCGCUUCGAGACAUUCCAAAUGCGACCAAAGCUUUUGAAAAAAGUGAAAUAUAAGCAGAAUGACCUUUAAAGGGGCACAUACAAUGAAAUUAUCCAUAUUAGUCGAGAAUAAGUAACCUAGGUUAUUUAGAAGUCGAGUAUAUAGGCCUAGGCCUAAAAGGGCCACUUUUGCAAGCUGUAGGGUCCCCUGUAGGGGUAGGUGAGGUGGUCCCUCAAAGGAACUCUCUAGGGAACACUCUGGAGCUCCUAGGUACCGGAUUUUGGAAGUUGUGAAAAAAAAAAAUUUCAGAAAAAUUCAACCAAUCUGACUGCUCUUUUUUCUGCUCUCCAAUUCUUUCUUCCACCAAAAAUCAGCCGAUUAUUGAUUUGGAAGGUUUUUUUUUGAAUGAAAAAGGUAUUUUCUUGGUAAUAUUCAAUAUUUAGCCCCUUUGAAAGAAGAAUCGCCGGAAAUUUCGGUCCUAGAGCCUCAAAAUUCGUCUUUCAAUGCCGAUGAGGCUAUUAUCCAAGGUGAUUUUUCCAUCUUUCAACAGAAUUUUCGGUUUUUUUCCAGAAGAUGAUCCAGAAAUUUCGGUUUUUGAGCCGAAAAAAUUGUCUUUCAAUGCUGAUGAAGCCAUGAAAAAAGGUUGGUGGUUUCAAUUUUUGAUUUUUUCGAACGAGAGGCUCAAUAUUUUCUGUUUUUGAGUCGAAAUUAUGGUCUUUCGGUCUAGAUUUUUUUCUAUCUAAUUUGUUUAUUUAUGAGAAGAUUUUUUUAUAUUUGAGCCACAAAAUCAGUCUAUUAAUAAAGAUAGCUUUUUUUAAGAGUUGGUUUUCGAUAUUCAGCAUAAAUUUUAGCUUUUUUUCUCAGAAGUUGACUCGAAAAAAAUACGGAUUUUAAGCUUCAGAAAUUUUUUUCUAAGUGUUGAUUUUGGAAAUUUUUCAGGAUUUGAGCUAUUAAAAUUAUCCUUCAAUUGAUAAAAAAAUUGUUAAAAAAAGAGUUUUUCCAGACAAAGAUUCUGAAUUUUUCGGUUCUAGGAAUCGUCUCUUAAUGAUGAUUUUUUUGAAAUACGCGAGGCUAGAAAAAAAUUGAAAAAAAUAUUUUAAUUAAUAGAAAAAUUAGGAACUUUUUCAGAAGAAGAUGAACCAGAAAUUUCGGUUUUCAAGCCUCAGAGUGCGACUUUUUCCGCAGAUAAAGCUGAAAAUCGAGGUGAUUUGAUUCAUUUUUCAAUGAAUCAAGUAAAAAAAUUAAUGAUUUUCAGAAGUUGACCCGGAAAUUUCGGUCAUUGAACCACGGAAUUUGUUAUUCGCCGAGGAAAAAGUUAUUAAUCAAGGUAAUUUUUAUUGUUUUUUUAGUGAAUCAAGUGAAUCUGGAAACGCUAGAAAGGACCCUGAAGGGGCUACUUUAAGGGAAAAUUGAAAGUUUUGCUUCAGGGACCACUUGAGCUUCAGUGACUUAGGAGUCAAAUCCUUAACCCCUAUAGGGGCCACUUGAGCUUUAGAGACUUAGGAGUCAUACCCUUAACCCCUAGAGGGGCCACUUGAGCUCUAUAGGGUCUGGGUCAAAUCUCAUAACCCCUUUAGGGACCCCUCAAGCUUCAGAGACUUAGGGCUCAUAGCCUUAACCCCUUUAAUGGCCACUCAAGCUUUAGAGACGUAGAUGGCGUACCCUUAACCCCUAUAGGGGCCUCUUGAGCUUCAUAUGGUCUGGGACAAAGCUCAUAACCCUACAGGGGCCACUCAAGCUUUGGAGACUUAGGUAUCAUAGCCUAAACUCCUAUAGGGGCCACUUAAGCUUUAGAGACUUAGGGAUCAUACCCUAAACCCCUUUAGGGACCACUUGAGCUUCAGAAACCCUUAUAGGGACCAGAUAAGUUUUAUCCCUCUAGGGAGCACUAUCUUGUCCCCUAUAGGGACUGUUUUUUCCCUGACCCCUCUAGGGACCACUCUGGCGCCCCUACGAAUAUUUAUAAUUUUCAGAAGGUGAUCCCGAAAUUUCCCACAUUUCUUAUAACGUUUGGGAUCAACCCGACUACAAUGACUAUGCUGGUUUUUAAUUUUGAAGUUGGGACUUUCUUAAAAUUUAAUCGAUUUUAGGCCCGGAUUUUUUUAAUAACUCUUAUUUGCCUUCCAAAUACGGUAAUGAAUCCUUCGUCGGGUCGAAAUUUGAUGAAGAAAUGGAAAAAUCGCCUUUGGAAAAUAUUUCGACGCCAACGGGAAGGAAAUCGUCGAGAAAAUCGGUUAUAGUUGGUUUUGCGGUUUUCAAGAAAGCAAUAUGUAGAGAAAUUAUGGAAGUUUUGGGAUAGAAUUAGAAUAUUGCUAACGAUUUGAUUAGGUCAUGCUAUAAAGUGCGGGCGUUUUUUGUGCUCCACUGCAAAUUAAUAAAAUACGGACGUUUCUCAACCUUAACUCUUUCCCCUUUUCUGGUAUAGUCGAUGUGCCACGAGUUGAAAUUUCAUGGAACGACACUCCGCUCGGUGGCCUUGUGGCCGUGAUAAACCAAUGCCUUUGCGGAUCUCGGUCACGCUUUCCCAUUUUUUAAUUUGCCGUUUUCAAAUACAUUUUCUUCGAUAUUUCUUUAGUUUUAAGAACUUUUUGGCAGUGCAAUGGAUGAAUAAAGUUUUUCGGAAUGCCAAUAAUUCAACCAAAGGAUAAAUAAGCAGUGAAAAACCUUAUGUUGACAGAAACCGAUCUCUCUAUUUCAUAGUGCGUACAAGUCUUCAUUUUAUAAGCCACUCACUUUCUGAAAAAAUCCAUUAAUCAUUGCAACAAACAGAAAAAAAAAACCAUGAAAACAUUAAAACAUGACUCAAAAAAAAACACACUUUUUUAUCGCUCUUUUCGAGGAAGAUCAUGAAAUUUACUGUGUUCUUUCUUUUAAAUUUGUACAACGCAAUCCUUUUCAACGAUAAUAUUACAUUUUAAAGAAAUAAAACAAUUAAAAAACGAUCAAAAUUAUAAUUAAAACCAAAAAAUUAGCGUGGCCGAGGUUGGCAAAUUCGCACGAUGCGCGCUACCGCACAAAUCGAAACAGCGGAGUGUCGUUCCAUGAAAUUUCGACUUGUGGCACAUCGACUAUAACACAAACUCGACAUUUCUGAGCAUUUUAAGGGACCACUUUAGUGGUUUCAGAAGUCUUAAGUUACCCCUAGAACUGCUCAGAAACGUCCGGGGCACGUUUUCGAGAAAAUUGAAGUUUUUAGAUUUGACGGCUCGAAGGAAUUUCCCUAAAGUAGUCAUUUUUUCAAAAUAUUUUUCAGUUUGCAACGAAUUUUCUAGCAAAGGAAGUCUAGUAAUAAGCUAUUUAUUUUUUUAAGCUUUUUAAGGGAUUUUUUAAUGGAUUAAUAAACAAAAUGAAACUAAUAUUGAAGGUCGCGAAAAAAAGUUCUUCCAGAAGAUCCGAAAAAAAUAUAUAAUCGAAAAAAACUUUCUCGAGUUUUUAGGAAGAUCAGAAACGGGCGGAAAAAAAUCGCCUUUUAAAGGAUUUUUUUCGAUAUCAAAUGGAAGGAACUCGUCGAUAACAUCGAUAAUAGUUCGUUUUACGGUUUUCGAAGAUCAUUAUAAAAAGAAAAUAUGAAUUUUUCGGCGAUAAGUAUGUUUUUCCCGUUCCAUUAGAUCUGACUAGUGAGAUAACAUUGAAAUCCAGAUACAAAGAUUUUUCAGAAUAAUUUCCCUAAAGUGGUCACUUUGUUCGAAAUAUGGUUAAAAUUUUGCUCGGUUUCUAGAAAUUCAAGUCCAAAACUUUUCAAGGUUUUCUUUUUGGAGGACCUCGAAAAAAGGAAAAAAAAACUUCCCGAGAAAGAAAAAGGAAAAAAAAACGGGAUUUUCCUAUUUCUUGUCCUUUUUUUCAUACAAGUUUCGGUUUCCAGGUUUUUAAACUUUAUUUAAAUUUCUUGUUUGAAUCUAGUUAAGAUAAUCAGGAAUUUAUGAAGGAUUUCGGGUUAGAAUUGUGGAAAAAAAUGACUUUUUCUCAUUUUUGGCUUCUUAGGAAGAUCAAAAACGAGAGGAAAAGUCGGAAAAUUCGCCUCUGGACAAUAUUUCAACGCCCACGGGGAGGAAUAUGUCGCGGAGAUCUAGAUUGGUCGGUCUUUUCGUUUUUUCAAAGUAUUUUGGCUGGGAAAUUGAUUUCUAAGGCAGUAAUUGACACUAGAGGAGCAUUUUUAUUAUCAAAGCGUGAAUUUGUUUUUUGAAUUUUUGAAUUUUUGCAAGUUUCAUGUGCUGUUUCGGCUUAAGAAAAAGGUCGUUUUUUUACUGAUUUUCUUAGAAAUUGUGAUAUUUUCGAGACUAUUAGUUUUGAGAAAAAUGAAAAAUCAAGAGAUUUUUUUAAAAGAAUUUUUCUGGCUUAUAUACAGUCCCGUCAAAAGUAUAUUAAAUUUUGGUUUUUUGAAGAUAAAUUUUUGAGGUGCGAUAUCGAUUCAAAUUUUUUUCAUAGUUUUCUGAGAGAGACAUACGUGUUCUCAAAGAAUAAUAAUUUUUUUCGAGAAAAAAACGAAUUUUCGAAAAAAAUCGACUUUUUUUCAAUUAAGAAAUCAUAGCUCAACAAAAAAAUGUUUAUCAACACAAAACAAUGUUAAAACAAUAUUCGGGGCCUAUUACUUGGUGUGUUAUACUGCGAAAAAGUAUUUGAAAGCCUGAAACUCCAUUUUUUGAAAGUUCCAAUUUCUUUCUUCAUUUUCAGCUGAAUCGAAGUGCCCCCGAGGAAGAAGAUUCGUUCGACUGCUCGAUUAUCUUCAAGCCAAACGCUGAAUCUUUGGCCCUCGAGGCAAAAACUCCCGUCACGAAGUUUCUGAACAAACCUCAGUGGGUUUUGAGAAGGAAAUCGCUAAAAAAUAAUGAAAAAAAUCCGAUUUUUUUAACAUUUUCUUGAGAUUAAAUUAUUCAUCUACCCAGGAAGAAAUCACUUUAAUUUGAAAGUUUUUGAAAGUUUUUCAAGAUAUUCCUCGAUGUAUCUAUUGAAGGUUCUAGAAGUAUCAACAUUCAAAGUUUUUUCCUUGAUUUCCAUACGUUAUUUUAAGAAGUACCUUAAGAAAAUUCCAAUUUUUCUGAAAAUAAAACAGCUACGAAAUAUGGAAAAUCCGAUUUUGAACAUUUUUGGGAGAUGAAAUUAUUCCUUUACCCAGUAGGGAAGUUUUUAUAUUUUUUGCAUCUUGAAAAAGUUCUGAAUAUUGGUCAGGAUGUUCCUUGACGUAACAGAGCAAGAUUCUAAAAUCUCGACUUACAAAAUUUUCUAAUUUUUGAAAAAUAAGAGUCGAGUGAGAGAACUUGCAUGAGAACAUUCGAAACUAGAGUUUUUUUUUCGCUCCUAGAGAACCUUCUCUGUAAAAAGCUCCUUUUUUUCGAAAAAACCCUUUUUUGUAUUUCACAACCUUGAAGAUACGAUUAAAAGGGCAACAUUUUGAAAAAGGGUUUUUUUCAGCGUCUUCAUUAAUAAAUAUUCUGACUUAUUUUGAAAAAGCUCCGAAGUUUUCAAGAAGAAAAUAGCUUUGAAAAUAUGGAUAGCUCGUUUUUGAACAUUUUUGUGAGACAGUUUAUUCCAAAGGGAGGUUUUUUACUUUGCAUCUUGAAAAGCUCUGAAAAUCGGUUGACAUCUCAAUUGAAGGGUUCGAGAGUCUCAACUUCCAAAAUUUCCUAGCUUUUGAGAAAGAAGGGCUAAAAAAAACUCGAAACAGACAAUUUUACACAUUUUUGUAAAACUUCGAGACUUUUUUUUUCCUUCUAAAUGAAUUUUCAACCAACUGAAACAGAAAAAACUCUUCUAACGAAGAAAAAAACGCUUAUUUCUGUCCGUAAUUUGAAACCUUGAAGAUUCGGUUCAAACGUGAAAAUCUUGAAAACGACCAACAUUACCCCAAUGCCGGACUACGACGCGAUGGACGAUAAUAUGUUGAAGGUUUUGGCCUUCAGAGAAAAAAAUUAUGAGAUUAAAUUUUCCAGAUGCAUCUGAAGAAAAUUGGCCACAAGCCAAGGCCUCGGAAAAAGAUGAUCGAGACUCUGAAAAAAGCCUAUGAUAUUUUGCACCCGUGUGAGUUUGGGACAUUAAAAAAAAGAUUUAUUUGGCUCAAUUUUUCCCAGAAUCUCGGUAAAAUAGAGAUCAAUUAGCGUUAGACAGAGCUAAUAAAAAAAGCGAUAUAGCCGAAAAAAUUUUUGCCGCGACAUCGCGAAACUCCCGCUGUUAUAUCGCUUCUUCUCAUAAGUUUGAACAUUCAGAAAAAAAUAAUUUUUUUGCUUCAUUUUUUUUCUUUUUUUAUCACUUAAUGGAUCAAAUUGAAGAAUAAAAAACUUUGAAGGAAAAUUUUUCUGUGAGCGAUAUUGCGCAAUAUUCUUGCGAUGUAGCGAGCGUUAUCGCGUACGUCAUAGUGCAGAAUAUUGGGUGAAGAUCAUAAAUUGUUAAAAAUUUGGUCACAAGCUUGGAAAAUGAAUUUUUUUAUUUAAUUUGAGGGUUCGAGAAUUAAAAAGGAGCAUAAAAUCCAUGAAAAAAACAAAUAAAUGAGCUGAAUUUUUCAAAAUUGAUAGUAUUCAGCAGAAAAAUGUUUUCCAAUGUUUUAUAAGCCAAAAUGAGAAAUUUCGAUUUUUUUUUUGAUUUCAGUUUCCUAAAAGCUCGAAAAAAUAAAUUGAGUUCCUUUUUUGGCAAACAAAUCCUUACAUGGACAGAACAUUUUUAAAAUCCGUGACUGAAUAUCCGUUAGAGUUUGAAAGUCAGGAAAAUCAAUACCGUUCCAAUUUUCGGAUUCUUUUAUUUCUGUAACAAUGAUCUUUAUGGAGUUGAAACGACUUUUUAUACCUUAUUUUAUUUCGGAAAGUUUUUGUAAGUCCACCCCCUUCUUCUGGACUAAUUAACUUUUCACCGGUUCAAGUGUACCCGUACAAUUGUUUUCACUAUUCGUGAGGGAAUUUAAAUUCCAGUUGUUACUGGAAAGUUAUUUUUGAAAAAUGAAUGUUUUAACUCAAUUUUCGGUUUUUUUUUUUCGAUUUCUCUUGAGUUACCUGUUGAUUAAACUAAAUUUUUAAAAUCUUUUUAAUUUUUUGAACUUUGAACAUUUUCAAGCCUUUUUAGUGAGUAAAUGAAGGCUCUUUCUACGGAAGAUUUAUAUUAAUGUGACUUUUUUUGAACUUCGAAAAAAGGCGGCAAAAUUUAUCGCUUUGAAUAGUUCAAAUUUAUUUUUUCAAGUGUAAGGCUGACACUUGUGAGUCGUAUAAAAAUAUUAAUUUUUCCAGUGAUCGAUCCAAAUACACCCACUAUCCGGCCUCUUCUCUCCUCGAGCGAUCCGGAACCGGAAGAAAAGAAGAAAAAAGAAAAAGAGACUAAAGUUCGAGGCUCGAAGAAAGUUGCUCCAGAAGAACCGGAGAAAGAUGAAUCUGGUUAUUUAUUUUCUGGUUUUUAUAGUCCAUUCUGGGAAAGAACCACUUGAAGCCACUAUAGUACUCGAUUUAGUGGCCAUUUCAGUGGCUAAAUAUUAGUGACCUCUUUAGGAGUCUUACUGGUACUACUAGAUCUAGGAAAACUACUAUAGUGGCCACUAAAAUGCAAAAUAGUGGCUUCUAAAGAGGUCAUUUUAGUGGUUACUUUAGUGUCCUCUCCAAGUAGUCCUUGAGGAGCCUCUUAAGUGGCCACUAGAGUUUUUCGCGACGGGAUUUCUCUGCGCUCUCUUUGUCUCUCGAUGACCCUCUCUUAUUUUACAUGCUAUCUAUUUUUCUCUAACCUCGCCAUUGAGGGAACAGAUAGACGCAGACAGGCAGAACGAAAGGAUUAUAGCAAAAUAAUGGAUUUAGACGACGCCGAUGCGGAAAAGACGUUGAAUUUGUCGAACGAAGAUCCGCCCGAGGAGGAAGUUAUCGAUGAUUGUGGAAUCUUGCCAAAGGUUCUAAAGAAACUAUAAAAAAGGGGAGAUCAAAGGAUUUUUAGGACCUUGACGGGAUGGCCCAGGCGUUUUUGUGUUGGUUGAGAAGGGAGGAAAACGAGGAAUUGCAUAAUCAUAUGCUAUCCCUGCAGCCAGUGGCUUUGGUAAGUUGAAAAAGAUCACUUAAGGGAUCACUCGAAAAAAUAGGGUAAAAUUUUCACUUUUCCUGUUUCAUCGGAUGUUUUUAGCUACAUUUAUUCUUUCAAAAAAUGUUCACAAUUUUUCUUGAUAAUUUAAAGAAAAAAUCGUUCUUCAUAUAUGUUAUUUCUUGGAUAUUUACCUUAUUUUGAAGAACUUCAAAUUUGAGAAAGCUCACCAAAAAAGUCUCAAAAAAGACUUUCAAGCCUGAAAAUUCUAUUUUGAACAUUUUUAGAACGUGUAACUAUUCAUGCAGCCACAAGUAAGGUAAUUUCACUUUUAAGCUUCCUGAAACUUGGCCAAAACACUCCUUGAUGUACUAGAAGAAUAUUCUGAAAAUCUCAUCCUGCAAAACGUUUUCGUUUUUGAGAAAUAAGGGCUCAAAGCCCAGAAAUCGCCAAUUUUUAAGAAUUCCAGGGCUUUCUGUGACUUUUAGGUGUCUUCUCUCGAAAACUAGGACUUUUUCUAGGUUCGGGCUUUCGGAAUAGUUUUCUGAUACAUCCGCAAAGAACUUGGCCAGUUUUCUGGAUAUUCCUAACACUAAAGUGGCCACUAAACCCACCUCUAUAGUGGCCACUAUUUUCCGUUUUAGUGGCCACUAUAGAACUUCUCAAUUUAGUGGCCUCUUCAGUAGUUUAUCAUCCAGUAUUCCUUCCAGUAACUCUGAUAAUUUCAAAGCAAACAGAUUGGACCGUUUAUUUUGAUUCAUUGACCCAUAAAGUGGCCGCUUAAAUUUUUAGUGGUCUAGUAGUAGCACUUAGACCUCUACAGUGGCCACUAAUUUUCAACCCCUUAAGUGGCCGCUAAUUUGACUACUAUAGUGGCCACUAAAACGUCAAAACCCUAUAGUGGCCACCAAAAAUUUUCCCAGUGUAUCCUAAAGUCUUUUGAAGAAAGUAACCACAGAAGAGUUGAGGCUGUUCACGGAAUCUUUAAAAAAAAAACAGGAAAUUUAGUACUUUGAGUAGAUUGUGCAAAACAUAAUUUUCCUCAGGAAGAAUUGCUGAUCCGACUCGGCAAGGCUGAUUCCUCGGUUUGCGGCAUCGGAAAGGCAAAAUUGGCAGCGAUUCUGGACUCGCUCUCGAUCAGCUUCCAACUGCCGAGCAAUGGAAAAGGCGGCCCAAGGAAGGCUUUUGGUCCCGGGCGUCGGAAAUAAUUUUCUUUUCAUUCUUCAUGUUUACGGCUCUUUUGUAUCGUUUUUCAUGACCUCACAGUUUUACUUGUUUUUCGAUGUAUUCCUUGUGUAAUGAAACUUUUUGCCCUUUUUUUUGGAAGCGAGAAAAUAUUUACGCGUUUUUCGCUUUUCUCCCUGUUUUUUUAGGACUCACGAUCUCCGGUUAACAUGGAAGAAAGUAUUGAAAAAUGUGAUUUUUUGAUUUUUUUUUUUCUUUUUAAGUUAGAAAUUAAUUAAUCUCUGAAUUUUAUGUACCAACCGGGCUGAAAAAUCAGUUAAUCAAAACGAAAUUCGGUUUUUUUUUUCGGUAUAAGAAGGUUUGAUGGGAUUUUUAUAGGCUCAGAUAGCGUUAUAAAUUAGUUUUCAAUCGAUAAAAUUAUAUCACAGAAUCUCAAAACUGAUUUCUAAUUUAUUGAGGUUGAUCGAUUUUUGAACCAUUUUCAAUCAGGUUUUCGGCUCGCUUUUUUUGAAAAUCAAUAAAUUUUUUGUGUACCUGUUUAGAAACGUCAGAGUAUCCCUAGAGGGGUUAGGGAUGAAAUAACUCCUAUACGGGACAAAAUAGGGCUUUCUAAAGGGCGGAAACUUGAGUGGACACUCUAGGGAAUUCGGAUUCGGACCCCUAGCAGAGCUGUUCUCAAGUCGGGGCGACCCCGGCCGAGGCCGCCCCGACCCGACCGCGACGCGCCCCUGA